GGUGGUGGCGGCGGUGGGGUGGCGGGAGCGGAGCGGCAUGGCCACGGCGGCUUCUAACCCCUACCUGCCGGGGAACAGCCUGCUGGCGGCCGGCUCCAUAGUCCACUCGGACGCGGCGGGGGCUGGCGGCGGAGGGGGCGGCGGCGGGGGCGGCGGCGGUGGUGGCGCGGGGGCCGGUGGGGGCGGCAUGCAGCCGGGCAGCGCCGCCGUGACCUCGGGAGCCUACCGGGGGGACCCGGCCUCCGUCAAGAUGGUGCAGAGCGACUUCAUGCAGGGGGCCAUGGCCGCCAGCAACGGCGGCCAUAUGCUGAGCCACGCGCACCAGUGGGUCACGGCCCUGCCCCACGCCGCCGCCGCCGCCGCGGCCGCCGCCGCCGCCGCCGUGGAGGCGAGCUCGCCGUGGUCCGGCAGCGCCGUGGGCAUGGCCGGCAGCCCCCAGCAACCGCCACAGCCGCCGCCGCCGCCGCCGCCGCAGGGCCCCGACGUGAAGGGCGGCGCCGGACGCGACGACCUGCACGCGGGCACCGCGCUGCACCACCGCGGGCCGCCGCACCUCGGGCCACCACCGCCGCCGCCGCCGCCGCACCAGGGCCACCCUGGGGGCUGGGGGGCCGCCGCCGCCGCCGCCGCCGCCGCUGCCGCCGCCGCCGCCGCCGCGCACCUCCCGUCCAUGGCCGGGGGCCAGCAGCCGCCGCCGCAGAGCCUGCUCUACUCGCAGCCAGGGGGUUUCACGGUGAAUGGCAUGCUGAGCGCGCCCCCAGGGCCGGGCGGUGGUGGCGGCGGCGCUGGCGGCGGCGCCCAGAGCUUGGUGCACCCGGGGCUGGUGCGCGGGGACACGCCCGAGCUGGCCGAGCAUCACCACCAUCACCACCACCACGCACAUCCGCACCCGCCGCACCCGCACCACGCGCAGGGGCCCCCGCACCACGGCGGCGGCGGCGCGGGGCCGGGACUCAACAGCCAUGACCCGCACUCGGACGAGGACACGCCGACUUCGGACGAUCUGGAGCAGUUCGCCAAGCAGUUCAAGCAACGGCGCAUCAAGCUGGGCUUCACGCAGGCCGACGUGGGGCUGGCGCUGGGCACUCUGUACGGCAACGUGUUCUCGCAGACCACCAUCUGCCGCUUCGAGGCUCUGCAGCUGAGCUUCAAGAACAUGUGCAAGCUCAAGCCGCUGCUGAACAAGUGGCUGGAGGAGGCGGACUCGAGCACCGGCAGCCCCACGAGCAUCGACAAGAUCGCGGCUCAGGGCCGCAAGCGCAAGAAGCGGACCUCCAUCGAGGUAAGCGUCAAGGGCGCGCUCGAGAGCCACUUCCUCAAGUGCCCCAAGCCCUCGGCGCAGGAGAUCACUAACCUAGCCGACAGCCUGCAGCUGGAGAAGGAAGUGGUGCGUGUCUGGUUCUGCAACCGGCGCCAGAAGGAGAAGCGCAUGACGCCGCCCGGGAUCCAACAGCAGACGCCCGACGACGUCUACUCGCAGGUGGGCACCGUGAGCGCCGACACGCCGCCGCCGCACCACGGGCUCCAGACGAGCGUGCAGUGAAGGCCCGGGCGCCGCUGCGCGGAGCGGGCCCCGCCAUCGCCGCCGCUGUCACCCGCCGCCCCCGCCGCCGCCGCCGCCGCCGCCGCCGCCGCCGCACCGGGCCAGGCCACCCUACCCUCCGCGCAAAGACAGGCAUGCCCGCCCUCGGAGGAUCGGCGAGGGACGCACCGAGGAGACCAGGCUUGAAGUCCGUGGAAGGAGAGGCAAAAUAAACAAACAAAGCAUAUAAAUGCCCAGACUGUUUUUUAUACAUAUCUCACAAAACCGGAAAAGAAAGGGGGGGCGAUCAUGCGAUCUCCUUUAUACUGUGGUGGUGUUCCGUUUUUGUUUUUCUUUUAAAAGAAGGGUGAAGAUGACUAGCUCACCAAAACUGCACUCUUGAGGUUCUUCCCACCACGAGAAGUCCUACACGGCGACGUUGGAUAGCACCUAGCACCUGCCUUGUUCUCUCCUCUGGGAAAAAAAAAAAAAAAAAAAAAAGUUUUUUUGGAAAGACUCCCCUUCCUUCCACCUCCUCCCUCCAAAGGGCCCCCGCCUCGAGAGAUCCACCGAAACUUUGUUUCCUGGGAGCGGCCCGGCCCGAAAGCAAGCAGAGGCCCUGGGUUUCAUUAGAGGUGACUCUGUGCUCCCGGACCCUGUUAUUCUUGUCCAUUUUAAAGUCAUUUGGGGACAAACAAAUUUGACUAUGAACCGAGAAGGAGAAGAAAAAAAAACAAUCUCCAGAAAACAAGAAAUAUAUAUAUAUAUGUGUGUAUUCACAGCUUCUGAAAUUAACAGACUGAUAGCAAAGCCAAAAGAAAAAGAAAAUGUAUCCUCAAAGUAACCUUGGAAAUCAAAGCAUCCCAAAAGAGCAGAGGGAUGGGCGAGCGAGCAGGGACGUCCAUCGUGGGAGAGGGCCCUAGAGUCCGGCGCGGGCGGGCGGGCAGACUGGGCGUGGGAAGAGGCCCGGCCACCAACCACGGUUUACCGGCUGCCGCUCGGGUGGACGACGCCUAGAGAUGCCACCGCUAAUAAUUUUUUAUUAAUAAUUUUAUUUUUUAUUUCUGGACUGACUCAUAUUAAGGGAUUUAGAAAGACAGCACUUCUCCGGACUCCUCUCCUCCAUCCGUUGCCAACUUUGAUUGAAUGGGUGCUGUGGAUGUGAUUCUAUAAUACUGCCCUUUGCAAGCAGUGUUUUUGGUAGGUUUUAAUAAACAGACUUUUCAAAAGACGGCAAUAUAGAAUUGUUAGAUCCGUUGUUGAUCUAAAAAUAUUUGCUUUAUAUUUUCAUUAAAUGACUUCUUUUAAUAUUUUAUUCAGAAUACUUAUGAACUGCUGCAAAACGGUAAUUUAUUUUUCCCCAGAUCUUGUAUUACGUGUUUUUUUCAGACGAGCACAAAUCAAAAUGAAAUGAAAAUAUGGACAGUUGUUAGGUAAUAAGGGUAUCUUUUGAUGUGAUCAUUUGAUUGUAAUUUAAUUUGAGUAGUGAUUCCGUAAGAGCUGAUCGAGAAAAUAAAUUUGUUAGAAUGAAAUAGUCUGUGUCUGAUGCAUAAACACUGUGUGGGAAGAGGAGAGUACUUUAGAAAAUAUUUUUUUACUAAUGCACAUCAUAAGGGAUAGCGCUGAGGAAGCAUAGCCUGCUCCACCUAAGGUAUAUUUGCAAAUCUAAAGUAAAAGACCAUGACAGAAGCCGAUAGUAAUUGAUGUAGUAGUCACUCCUUGGUUAGCCUGUUAAUUUCACAAUAUUUUUCUCUCAUUUAAUUUUAUUGGGUGUUUUUAGUGUUUUUAGGUGAGGUUGUCUAAAUGUUAGUCCUUUUCUCAGAGAUAUAUUUGUCCUUUAUCAACUUUAUCCAAAUGUUGGACCACAUCACCAGUAAAAAUGUGCCAAUUGGUUAUUAAGGGUUGAUACAGAUCCUCCCCCCUCCAAAGUUUAGCCUCACUUUUCCCUCUCACCCCCCCCCCACCGAAUGACUACAUCUUUCCUUCUUUUCUGAAGACUAAUAGUUUUGAAGACUAGCUUGCUAGUCAGAGGAAUAUUUUAUAUCAGUUCCUUCCCAUGAAUAAAGGGAUGUAAUUAAGUUGAAAUUAUUCCGCUUUUUUUGUUUGUUUUUUAUUUUGUUUUUCUUAUCAUGGAAGAAUGUAGUUCUAAAUUCCUGAUGGUGGUCCACACUCAGUGUGACCAGCUCAGACUUAUUCUACAUUUCUGUGUUUCUAUCUCUCCCCAGUACGAUUCUAUAUCUUCUUUACUGGUGCUGGGGGUUUUCCUUUUUCAUCACUCUUUAGAUACACCCAGCAGAGCGGUCACGUUUAUCAUGUUAAUGUAUCAAUAUUUACAACGUGGGAAAAUGAAAGUGUAAUGCCUCAAGUUGUAAGUAGCAAGACGAAAAAGGCUCUGUUUAGUCAAGUCCCUUUGUAUUGUGCUUUUUAAAAAAAGUAUUUGGGGGUGAUAAAGCAAUGAUUUUGUAGAUGAAUUUCCCCCUAAUCUCACUGAGCUGUCACUCACUUUUUCCAUCUUCUGUCUUCACUCCUUCUCCCUCUGAUAUCGACGCAGGGGUUAAAAAACCCGGAAAACUGUGAGAGCAACAAGGAACAGUUAUUUCUUCCAGACAGACCCUGUGUCACUUUCAUAAAUCAAGCCCAGCCAGAUGGCCAUGUAUUGGGUUGCAUUAUUUUAAACACCAAAUCGUACUAAAAAUCACAAUCAUUUUGAUUUGUGAAAUCUGAAAAAGGCCAUAUUUAGUAAACGGAGAGCAGGGGGAGGGGAGAGAAAACAAGAAACCACAAUUGACUUUUCUCUGACUUCUUGUUUCCUAUUUUUCUUGCUAUUGUAAUCUCUUUGCCCAGCGAAUUUACAACCUGGAGUGGGGGGUGGGGAAAAGCAACAUCACGUUUUUGAGGGUCCACAGGGGCAAGCACAGAAGGCCUUAUUGGAAAGCUGAGGAUUGGGUGUGGUUGUUUUUAUAGGGUGGAUGCUCCUGGCACGUGGGUUGAAAUCCUGUUUUCCCUACCGGACUGGUAGUGGUCGAUGGGGAGAGAGUGGGUCUAUUUCAAAUGUUAGGAAGUAUUUGCUUACUUGAUUGGCUGACAACAAAAGAACUAACAUUGGAUUUCACACUAUUUUCUAUUAAAAAGUAACCUUUGCUGAUUACUUUGGAAGAAGCUCUGAUUUGGGGGAUAGCAGAGUAACUUAGCGAAGCUGGGAAAGCUGGCCCAUUUUGUUUCAUUCUUUUGUAUUUUUAAAAGUGAGCUGAUGCUUGCACUCC